AUUUUAACUGAGCGCACUGUUACUGUCAGAUUUUAGCUGCUGAAAGCAAAGCAACGAAAACAGUUUCUGUCUCUGUACUUUAAAAUAGUUUUUCGCAGAAAAAGUGAAUCAAAAUGGUGUCGUUGAAUCCAGUACGUAUCUUGAAAAAUGAAGCCGAGGAGGAAAAAGGCGAAAUUGCUCGUUUAUCAUCGUUUGUGGGUGCAAUAGCAAUCGGCGAUCUUGUCAAGAGCACACUUGGUCCGAAAGGAAUGGAUAAAAUUUUAGUCGCUCACGGUCGCAGCGCAGGCCAAGUUGUGGUUACCAACGACGGAGCAACGAUCCUGAAAGCCGUUGGGGUGGAUAACCCUGCAGCUAAAAUUUUGGUUGACAUGAGCCGCGUUCAAGAUGAUGAGGUUGGCGACGGUACCACUUCGGUGACGGUUUUGGCCUCGGAGUUGUUGCGGGAAGCGGAGAAGUUAAUUGAAAUGAAGCUACAUCCGCAGACGAUUAUUGCUGGAUGGCGGGCUGCCACUCAGGCGGCGAGAAGCGCCUUAAUCUCAGCUGCUCAGGAUAAUUCGCAAAAUGCGGAAAAGUUCCGGGAAGAUUUAAUGAACAUUGCGCGUACUACGCUGAGCUCGAAGAUUUUGUCGCAGCACAAGGAACACUUUUCCAAAUUGGCUGUCGAUGCCGUACUGCGAUUGAAAGGUUCUGGCGAGUUGACUGCUAUUCAGAGCAUCAAGAAAACCGGUGGAUGUUUGGAGGAUUCCUUUUUGGACGAGGGCUUUUUGCUGGACAAAAAACCUGGAGUACACCAGCCAAAGCGGGUUGAAAACGCAAAGAUACUGAUUGCUAAUACACCGAUGGACACGGACAAGAUUAAGGUGUUCGGUUCAAGUAUUAAGGUGGACUCAAUGUCAAAAAUUGCCGAACUGGAGGUGGCUGAAAAAGAAAAAAUGAAAGAUAAGGUCAAUAGGAUUUUGAGCCACAACUGUACCGUGUUUAUUAAUCGGCAGUUGAUUUAUAACUAUCCAGAACAACUGUUUGCCGACGCUGGAGUGAUGGCCAUCGAACAUGCAGAUUUUGAUGGCAUCGAACGUUUGGCACUGGUUACUGGUGGAGAAAUUGUGUCCACCUUUGAUAAUCCGGAUAUGGUAAAGCUAGGUCGUUGUGAUCUGAUCGAACAGGUGAUGAUUGGGGAGGAUACGUUGCUGCGUUUCAGUGGAGUUCCCCUGGGAGAAGCUUGUACGAUUGUCAUUCGUGGUGCUACGCAACAGAUUAUUGAUGAAGCAGAACGUUCACUGCACGAUGCGCUGUGUGUGCUAGCUGCAACUGUGAAGGAAUCACGAAUUGUGUAUGGGGGUGGCUGUUCAGAAACAUUGAUGGCCACAGCUGUUUUCAAGCUAGCUGCCGAAACACCUGGCAAAGAGGCAAUGGCUAUCGAAUCGUUCGCUCGUGCUCUUCUUCAACUGCCAACGACUAUUGCUGACAAUGCUGGUUAUGAUUCUGCACAGCUGAUUUCGGAGCUACGGGCCGGUCAUUCGCAGGGUAAAGCCUCCCUUGGGUUGAAUAUGACCGAGGGUAAGGUGGGUUGUAUGAAAGAGCUUGGUAUAACCGAAUCGUUUGCCGUCAAGCGACAGGUGCUUCUGUCGGCAUCGGAAGCGGCUGAGAUGAUACUACGCGUGGACUACAUUAUCAAGAGCGCCCCUAGAAAACGCGUGCCUGAUCGUGGCUACUGCUAAACAUGUAUUUUUUUGUUUUGCUUUUUACUGUAAUAAUCGUUUAGUUGGUAAACUUCGACACACGGUUUUCUUUAGAUAACCUACAUUUAGCUUCUGCUAUAACUUAUCACAAGCACACUUAUUAAAAAAUUGUAUCAUCAUAACAAGCACGCUAUUAUCGAAAUUGUGUAUCAUCGUUACCUGUCUAUUCCGUUCUAAUAACACGCUAAUUGAAUGAAUUAUAUUCUUCAGUGAAUAGAAAGGUUUGAUAUACAUUA